CCAUGGUUCCCUGCUACGUCAGCUCAUGCCAGCCUCUGGACAGCACCAAGACUCCUGGAGACAGAAAUUUCUGUGUCCCCCCCACUGACAUGGGGGGCCAGCCUGGGGUGGAGGACAAGAUUGCCUCCCUGGGCCUCUCGGCCACCCUGGCACAUGCCAACCGCGUCCGUGUGGGGAUGACCCCUCUGGGCCGACCCAACCUCUGUCUGCCCCAGAGCUGCCACACCGCUUGCCCCUUGCCAGGGACCUGCCACAUUCCAGGCAACAUAGGAAUCUGUGGAGCCUAUGGUGAAGGCUCCUUGAAUGGGCACGAGAAGGAGACCAUGCAGUUCCUGAACGACCGCCUGGCCAACUACCUGCAGAAGGUGCGCCAGCUGGAGCAGGAGAACGCGGAGCUGGAGACCAAGAUCCGGGAGUGGAGCAAAUGCCACGAGACCACCGUGUGCCCCAACUACCAGUGCUACUUCCGCACCAUCGAGGAGCUCCAGCAGAAGAUCCUAUGCAGCAAGGCUGAGAACGCCAGGCUGGUUACCCAAAUCGACAAUGCCAAGCUGGCUGCUGACGACUUUAAAAUCAAGCACGAGAGCGAGCACUCCCUGCGCCUCCUGGUGGAGGCGGACAUGUGCGGGCUGCACAAGCUCCUGGAUGACCUGAGCCUGGCCAAGGCCGACCUGGAGGCCCAGCAGGAGUCCCUGAAGCAGGAGCAGCUCUGCCUCAGGAGCAACCAUGAGCAGGAAGUGAACACGCUGAAGUGCCAGCUGGGAGACAAGCUCAGCAUCGAGCUGGACACCGAGCCCUCCGUGGACCUGGGCAGGGUGCUGGAGGAGAUGCGGUGCCGGUACGAGGCCAUGGUGGAGACCAACCGCCGCGAUGUGGAGCAGUGGUUCCAAGCCCAGUCGGAGGGCAUCAGCCUGCAGGCCAUGUCCUGCUCAGAGGAGCUGCAGUGCUGCCAGUCGGAGAUCCUGGAGCUGAGAUGCACGGUGAACGCCCUGGAGGUGGAGCGCCAAGCCCAGCACAACCUGAAGGACUGUCUGCAGAACUCCCUGUGCGAGUCCGAGGCCCGCUACGGCACUGAGCUGGCCCAGAUGCAGACCCUGAUCAGCACCGUGGAGGAGCAGCUGGCCGAGAUCCGGGCCGACCUGGAGCGGCAGAACCAGGAGUACCAGGUGCUGCUGGACGUCAAGGCGCGGCUGGAGUGCGAGAUCAACACGUACCGGGGCCUGCUGGAGAGCGAGGACUGCAAACUGCCCUGCAAUCCCUGCUCUACGCCGGCCUCUUGCACCCUCCGUCCCAGCUGUGCCCCGCCGAGCUGUGGGUCUUCCUCAGCCUGUAGAGCCUGCGCUGGGAGCUGAUUCUGAGGGUCCGAGUUCCAAUGCAGGAGGUUGGAGCUGUUCCCACUGGGGCUGGGCCUGCCCUCCCCUUGCUUGGUCUUCCAGAAGCACUAGACCCGCUGAAGGCCUCUUCACUGAA